AAAACGGUUGCGAAUGAAACGCUUGCCUAUUAUAUAGUACGGGUGCAUAAAUACUUGGUCCGGGUUGGUGUCGAUGCACAAAGAUUGCGAUUCCGGCAACACUUGUCAAACGAAAUGGCACAUUAUGCAUGUGAUUGCUGGGAUGCGGAAAUAUUAACUUCGUAUGGUUGGAUAGAGUGUGUUGGUGUAGCUGAUCGUGCAUGUUACGAUUUGAUGCAGCAUUCGAAAGCAACAGGUGAAAAAUUGGUUGCUGAGAAGGUACUUAGUGAACCGAAAACUGUGCAAGUUGUUGAAGCUAUACCCAAUAAGGCUGCUAUUGGCAAGAAUUACAAGACCGAAGCCAAACAGAUCUUCGCUAAGCUGGAACAGCUGAGUGCGGAUGAGGUUGAGACACUGGAGAAGCAGAUUGUCUCCACCGGGGUUGUUAAGCUUACAUGUGGCACAAAAGAAGUGGAACUGCAGAAAGAUUUCAUCACCAUAAAAAGAUAUGAAAAAAAGUGCGAUACUCGUAUGUUUUACUAA